UCUAAAUUGCUAUCGCUAUGGCUUCUGUCCCCCCUUGAACAGAGGAGUCUAGGUAGCCUGCUACAACACUGCCUAAAAGACUGAAAGUGAAAGUAAAUUGGAAGUAGUGCUGCUGCUUCCCAGCAUCUGCAGAGUUUAUUGUAAGUCACAUGGUGGUGGGCUGAGGCGGGGUCUGUAUAUAAAGACUGAGACGCUGCAGAACAGCAAAACAUGAAUCCGCCAGAACAACAGAACACCAUGAGCUCUUCAGGUGAAUGGCGCAGAGUAAAGAUCUUCCCAUUCCCCACUGGACAGACAUUUGGUGCCCAUGAGGCAAUAAUGGAAAAAAUGAAGAAUAACAAAAACUACGGGCUAAUCUCCUGGCUAACGUCCUGGCAGACCCCUACACUUGAGGAAAAACAAAGUCCAGAGGAAUCUUCGGUCGUCAUUGUCUUUUGUCCAAUCACCUUAUGCGUUGGGUCAGAUGUGGAAUCAGCAAUGAGAAAUCCAAAAGUCUCAUCACUGGAUAAACCAGUGAUUCUGGUUCUGAUGCAUCACACCAGAGAUCCUGACUAUUCAACUGCAGGAACAAAAUGGUCUGAAAUGUAUGAAAAUGUUGAGCUGGAUGUUCAUGUUCUCUUCCAUGAGACAGUACCAGGAUUACUGACUUGUCAACAAAACGAUCAGGCAAUCGAAGCCAUUGAGAAAAAGUUGUAUGACUACACUACUUGGUCUUUUGGUUCCUCUAAUCUCGGCAAGAGCAAUCAUACCCCAUCUGCAGAAAAGAGUCAAAUAUGUGAUUCUGCCCCAAACAGUUCAUUUUCCCAGUUGCUUUGA